UUACACAUAAAAGUCUGUUUAGUUCAUGUUUAGUUGUUGAACGAUUCUUAGUAGAUUUAAAGUGCGAGUUCGGAAGUAAAAACUUGUCCUGCGCACUAACGAAAGUUGUCGUUUCCUUUUCCUAUGUAAACUUCACAAUGGUGAACGUACCAAAGCAACGUAGAACUUUUUGCAAAGGCAAAAAAUGCAAAAAACAUACCGUUCACAAAGUUACUCAGUAUAAGGCUGGCAAGGCUUCAUUGUAUGCCCAAGGUAAAAGGCGUUACGACAGAAAACAGAGUGGUUAUGGUGGUCAGUCCAAACCAGUUUUUAGGAAGAAGGCCAAGACCACCAGGAAGAUAGUUUUGCGUAUGGAGUGCACAGAAUGCAAAUACAGGAAACAGUUACCAAUUAAGCGAUGCAAGCACUUUGAACUUGGUGGUGAUAAGAAGAGAAAGGGCCAGAUGGUUAUGUUUUAAAGGGCGUACAUUAAUAAACAUUGUUCUAGUAAACCA